AUGCACACUCCUGACUAUGCGCUGCUCCUGAGCGGAGGCAACCAGUCUCUGGCUUUCAGUUCAACGUAUGAUCUAAUGAUGGGGACGACGGGAAACAACACCGUCCACCCGAACGGAUCCGACCCGUUUGCCAGAAAUGAGGAUGUGGCACAAAUUGAGAUAAUGGUCCUGAGCAUCACAUUUGUGGUUGCUGUGAUUGGGAAUGUCAGCGUCCUGCUGGCCAUGUACAACACUAAGAAGAAGAUGUCGAGGAUGCACCUUUUCAUCAAACACCUCAGCCUGGCCGACCUGGUGGUCGCCUUCUUCCAGGUGCUACCACAGCUCUGCUGGGAGGUUACCUUCCGCUUCUAUGGUCCAGACUUCCUCUGCAGGAUAGUCAAACACCUCCAGGUGAUGGGGAUGUUUGCGUCCACAUACAUGAUGGUGAUGAUGACCCUGGACCGUUAUAUCGCCAUCUGCCACCCUCUGAAAACCCUCCAGCAGCCCACCCAGCGCUCCUACAUCAUGAUCGUCUCCACGUGGAUGUGUAGCCUGGUGCUCAGCACUCCGCAAUACUUCAUCUUCUCCCUGAGCGAGAUCAAGAACGGCUCGGACGUCUACGACUGCUGGGCGAACUUUAUCGAGCCGUGGGGCGCCAGGGCGUACAUCACCUGGAUAACCGUGGGCAUCUUUCUAGUGCCAGUGGUCAUACUCAUGAUGUGCUACGGGUUCAUCUGCCACAGCAUAUGGAAAAAUAUCAAAUAUAAGAAGAGGAAAACGACAGCUGGUGCUGCGAGUAAGAACGGGAUGAUUGGAAAGAAUUCAGUCAGCAGCGUCACAACUAUAUCAAGAGCCAAAUUGAGGACUGUUAAAAUGACUUUUGUGAUAGUUUUAGCGUACAUCAUUUGCUGGGCACCGUUUUUCACAGUGCAGAUGUGGUCUGUGUGGGAUGAGAACUUCCAGUGGGCAGAUUCUGAGAACACAGCAGUGACUCUGUCUGCACUCCUUGCCAGUCUCAACAGCUGCUGUAACCCAUGGAUAUACAUGAUCUUCAGCGGUCACCUCCUCCAGGAUUUUGUGCACUGCUUCUCCUGGUGUCACAGAAUGAACACUGACUUCAAGAAAGAGGACUCAGACAGCAGUCUCCGUAGAACAACACUGCUGACUAAGAUGACAAAUCGGAGCCCAACUGGCAGUACUGGCAACUGGAGAGAACUGGAUAAUUCUCCAAAGUCCUCCAUUCAGGCGGAGUAAACAUGU